UAAUCUUUUUUUUUAAGAAAAAUGAUGAUAAACAAAACUGAUAAAUAUUUUUCACAGUACUCUGAGAACACAGAGAUUAUAUUAGCUGUUGUUUUGGUGUUUAUUAUGUUGCUAUCUUUUUUCGGAAACGUUGGUAUGCUCAUAGUUUUUUAUAGAAAUGAUAAAUUAUGGAACAGCACAAAUAUGCUUAUAGUAAAUAUUUCACUAUCGGGCGUAUUAGUGACUAUAUUUUCUAUGCCGUUCAGUUUAACAUCCGUGGUUUUGGGUAAAUGGCCUUUUAAUGAAGGCGGACUAUGUAAAGUAAAUGCCUUUGCUACGUCUCAACUUCUGCUAACUACAAUUUUGACUCAUACUGUCAUAAGUUUAGAUAAAUAUUUUGCUGUCGUGAAACCGUUCUGUAGAGUAAUGACAGUAAAACGUACUUUGAAGAUGAUUAUGUGUGUGUGGUUUAUUGCUGCAGUUAUUACAAUUCUUCCAUUUUUUGGAAUUGGUAGGUAUACGUAUAACCAUACAACACUUGUGUGUGGUGUCGGGUUUCCUGAAAAGCACAAUGUACCUGAAAAAAUUUAUUUAAUUACAUUGGCAGUAAUAGGGUUUGUUAUUCCUAACAUGAUAAUGGGACACGCAUACAUUCAAGUAUUUAUUGCUGUAAAGAAACAUACUCAACGUCUAAUACAAUCUUCUGUAACUUCGUUUGAUGUUUUAAUAUUACAAAAACGAAUGAUAAGAACUGUUGUCUUAAGUUUGGUGUGUUUUCUGCUCUGUUGGAGUCCAUUUUGCACACUUUGUUUAUUAGCUGUCAUGGUAAAAUCAAUUAAAGAUAUACCAAUUGGUUUGGGAAUAUCGGCGUACUGGUGCGGUUAUUUAUACAGCGCUUUGAACCCUUUAAUUAUAUGUUCAAUGAGCCAACGGUUCCACGAUGGUUUAAUAGAGCUAGUUGCAAUUCUUCUUUACUACCCAACUUUACUUUUUAUGUUUGUUUGUAGAAAAAUAUGUUCUGAAAGUAACAAAACAAUGGAAAUAUCAUCAAAACCAACUUUUACUGAAGAUUCAUCGCUUCCUUUAUGUUUACACAUGCAUUACUAUACAAAAGAUAUGAAAGACAUUUUGGUUACGACUAAUAAAAACUCGUUAAUCAAUGCACCUUAGUUUAGUCUAUGAAUAAAAUUUUAUAUUAUA